CACUUUUAUUAUACCACUAUGUGGUUCCUUCUACGACGCGGUCUUAUGAACGCGUCUUUCCCGGGGCUAAUCUUUCCUUAUUCAUCAAAUCCGGUCACCAUACUUAUACAUAUUUAUACAUAUCAUCUCCAUCUUCUCCGGGAUCCGAACAUCUCUCUCUCUCACUCACGAACUACCGGGCCGGCCGAAUUUCGUCUUGGCCGGGUUAAUCUGUGUGACCCUUGUCCGACCAUGAAUUCUCGGAGCUGUUGUACCCCGCCACUCACUCUCCCGACUUAAACCGUGCCGGUAUUUCGUCUGCAUUGCCGUCUGCAUUGCCGUCUGCAUUGCCGUCUGAGCUGCCGACCAUGUCUUCGCCCCGUUUCCAAGCAUCUUCUCCGGUCCACGGCACCGGCCGGCGAAAGUCCCAGUUUACGUAUAGGCAACUAAGCCUCUUGGCAUCUUACUCAACAUCAUCUCCUCUGCGCGUCAUCGCCCACAUCGAUCUAGAUGCUUUCUAUGCUCAAUGCGAGAUGGUACGUCUCGGCAUCGCUGAAGAUCAGCCUUUAGCCGUUCAACAAUGGCAAGGCCUGAUUGCCGUCAAUUAUCCUGCGCGCGAGUUUGGCAUAGGCCGGCACUGCACUGUGACUGAUGCAAAGAAACUCUGCCCAAAACUCAUUGCCCAGCAUGUUGCUACCUGGAAGGAAGGAGACGAGAAGUGGUCGUAUCAUGACGAUGCACCGUCUCAUAUCGGUACUCACAAGGUCUCUCUUGACCCUUAUAGGCUUCAGUCUCGUAAAAUUCUCGCACUAAUCAAAGAGAGUCUACCGCCUAACAUGCAGAAGGUCGAAAAAGCGAGUGUAGAUGAAGUCUUUCUCGAUCUAUCUGCGCAUAUCCACUCUAUCCUGCUGCAGAGGUUCCCGGAACUUGCGAAUCCUCCCCCAUAUGACGAUCCCACGGAGAAGCUGCCUAUUCCACCCGUAACCGCUCUCGACUGGCAGGCGGAUGCCCUCGUGGACCUCGAAGAUGCAGAAGCCGAGGCGGACGACCCAGACUGGGACGACGUAGCUAUCCUCAUUGGGUCGGAGAUCGUUCGAGACAUACGCGCUCAGAUUCGCCGAACCCUGGGAUAUACAUGCUCCGCGGGCAUAGCUGGUAAUAAGAUGCUCAGUAAGUUGGGCUCCGGCUACAAGAAACCCAACCAACAGACAGUCAUACGGAAUCGAGCCGUGCGGCAUUUCCUAUCUGAUAUGAAAUUUACUAAGAUUAGAAACUUGGGGGGCAAGCUUGGCGACCAGGUCGUGUCGACUUUCCAUACGGAGACCAUUGAGGAUCUACUCCUCGUACCGGUGGAGCAGAUGAAGCUCAGGCUGGGUGACGACACGGGGGUCUGGCUCUACAAUACGAUUCGCGGUAUCGACACGAGCGAGGUUAACUCGCGCACGCAGAUCAAGUCCAUGCUCUCCGCUAAAUCCUUUCGGCCCAGCAUACACAACCAGGAACAAGCCGUCAAGUGGUUACGAAUCUUUGCAGCCGACAUAUUCUCGCGAUUGGUUGAGGAGGGCGUUCUCGAAAAUAAGAGGCGGCCGAAGACGAUCAACCUACAUCACUGCCAGGGGGGCCAGACCCGCUCCCGGCAGAGUAGCAUUCCCCAGGGCAAGACGCUCGACGAGACGACCUUAUUCGAACUUGCCAAGAAUCUGCUAAGCCAAAUUAUUCAAGAAGGUAGGGUCUGGCCCUGCACGAACCUGAGCCUGAGUGUGGGAGGAUUUGAGGAUGGGGUUAUAGGUAAUAGAAGUAUAGGUGCCUUCUUGUUAAAGGGAGACGAAGCACGUGAAUCAAAAGGUGCCUCUCGGGAGGCGUCGGCAGAGUCAUUCGUGCAUGAACGGCCGGAGAAGAAACGACGGGUUGAUAAUCCCGGUAUCCGGCGUUUCUUUCCUAAGAGGGAGAGUUCGUUGGGUGGAGAUGCUGAUGGGAAUCUUGAAGAAGAAGUAGUAGGUACGGGUAAAUCCCAGAUUCAGACGAAAGAGGCUUCGCCGAACCGAUCAGGGAGUCCCCCCAAUCCAAUCACGGAUUACAUUAAGGUGUGUACACGAUGCGAUGCAAGGCUCGAAUGCGCCGAGGCCCUACAGAGCCACCUCGAUUGGCAUCUCGCCAAAGACAUCCAGGAGGAAGAACGUGGCAGGCACACAUUUGCUAGCCACCAUUCCACGGUAUCACAAGGCCAGAAGACUGCAGCUGCAUCGUCCUCGUCGUCUAAGAAGCUUACGAGAGGCAGUGCCUCUGGUAACAGUAAGCUCGAGCACGGGCAGCAGAAAUUGAAUUUUGGGUGAAUCGAUACCUAGCAUGCUACUCAACUUGAAGCGAACGCUACAUGCUCCCCGGUCAACUCCCACUCCACUCAUUCGUCCAUAUGAAGUGCCUUUUCUCCCUUUGUCUACGGUGUCUAACGGGGGACCAACUUAUCUCCUAGUAUCGAGUACGCCGCCUCGGAGUAGGGGGGGCCCACACUCUCAUGCACUUCCCCUAUCUCUUAAGUUAGGCGAUAUGAACUGACGCCGCAUGUGGAAUUCCGUUGUGGACACUGAUGGCUUAUGCUAAAGUUCCAUGUUGAAUAUAGCAGGCAAUACCUACUCAGGCGCUCGGCACGGAACCGAGAAAAUAUCUAGAUCCAACAGAAAUGUCGGUCUGGACGACC